UCUGAUCAAAGACAGGAGUGAAUUCUGCUAUUUUCUGCUGCAAUAACAAGGUGCUAACCAAUUUCACUGAGUCCUUGUGAGACCAUUUAAAGAGCCAGACUUUUGGACAAACUAGAGCGCCAGAGGAAUUUGUAAAAUCUGAAAGGGGGUGAAAAAAAAAUCACAACAUCCUAUCAAGAUCUGCGCUCUGCUGUGGCAAUUUUUAGACAGCACACAAACAUCCACCAUCCAGCAGAGACCUCCUACAUCCUCGUACACCCGGUGAACAUCUCACGCCCACUACUUUUUACUGCUGCAUGGCAGAAAACACCUCACAUUUCUUCUCCUCUCUCCGACCUUGCGCUGAACCCUAAGGGGAUAGACGGACAGACAGGCAGAGACUUUCAUAUCUGUGGGCUCUGGAGGAAAGGCCUGCGCAGCUCCUUGUAAACACCGUGUGGGAGACAAAGCAGAGACACAGAAAAGGAAGAAGGGGGAAAACAGAAAAAAAAAAAAAAGUGAAACUGCAACAAAUCUGGAUCCAGACAUGAUGAUGGUGGUGAUGAGGCUAAUAAUGCUGGUGGCGGUGGUGAUAAAGGUGGCAGCAGCCUUCGCGCCUGGUUAUGAAGUGGACAAUAAAUCUGGACCUAAUGCCGGUUUGACCAAACAAACCCAGGACCCGUGCUACAAGGUGCCGUUUGGGGCCACAGAGAUUCCAUCCAACAUCCCCAGGAGCAUCCAGUGCCUGGAAGUGAAUCAGACGAAGAUCAGAGUGAUUCCUCAGCGUGCCCUCAGCAGCCUGCAGCACCUCUGGAAUCUAACCAUAUUAGAGAACGACAUGUUGCAGAGCAUCAGUGCGUUCACCUUUACCAGCCUCCCUCGGCUCACUUACGUCUCAAUAUCUGGAAAUGUUGCUUUGGAACGUAUCGAGGCUUUUGCUUUCUCAGAUCUUCCUGAACUCAACGAGAUAAUCAUAACAAAGUCAAAACACCUGAGUUUCAUCCACCCAGAUGCUUUCAGGAACAUUACAAAACUGCAGUUUUUGACCAUCUCCAGCACUGGGCUGAGAAUCUUUCCGGAUUUCUCCAAGAUCCACUCCACGGCUAACCGAUUUCUGCUCGACCUGGAGGAGAACAGCCACAUCGAGAAAGUCCCCGCCAAUGCCUUCAGAGGCCUCUGCACUCAAACCUUCAUGGAGAUACGGCUCACCAGAAAUGGCAUCAAGGAGGUGGCAAGUGACGCCUUCAACGGAACAAAGAUGAAAAAAUUGUCCCUAAAAGGCAACCAACAGCUUACUCACAUCAAUCCCAACGCCUUUGUGGGUUCCAGUGAGCUGGUGACGCUGGACAUCUCUCAAACAGCCCUCAGUUCUCUGCCAGACUCCAUCCUCGGCGGACUCACGAGGCUGUUUGCAGAAUCUGCCUUCCACCUGAAAGAGCUUCCUCCCCUGCACCUCUUCACCAAGCUGCGCUUUGCCAAUCUGACGUACUCGUCGCACUGCUGCGCCUUCCAGAACAUGCACAGAAACAGAUCCUGUUGGCACUCAUGGUGCGAAGACCCCAACGCGAAGAAUUAUCCUCGCUUCUACAGGGACUGUUGCUCCAACUCCACCUCCAUCACCUGCACCCCGGUGCCGGACGACUUUAACCCCUGCGAGGACAUCAUGUCGGGCGUCCUCUUACGAGUCCUCAUCUGGAUCAUCUCCAUUCUGGCGCUGCUGGGGAACGCCGUGGUUCUCUUUGUACUGUUAGGCACCCGCUCCAAGCUGACCGUUCCUCGUUUCCUCAUGUGCCACUUGGCCUUUGCCGACCUCUGCAUGGGCAUCUACCUGGUCGUCAUAGCAACCGUGGACAUGCUCACCCGUGGCCGGUACUACAACCACGCCAUCGACUGGCAGAUGGGUUUGGGGUGCAACGCCGCGGGCUUCUUCACGGUGUUUGCCAGCGAGCUGUCGGUGUUCACUUUGAUGGCGAUCACUGUGGAGCGCUGGCACACCAUCACACACGCUCUGCGGCUCGACCAGAAGCUUCGCCUGAGACACGCCUGCAUCAUCAUGGCAGCAGGUUGGAUCUUCUCCUCGCUGGCCGCAUUGCUGCCCACAGUUGGGGUCAGCAGCUACGGCAAAGUGAGUAUCUGCCUCCCCAUGGACGUGGAGACUCUGGUGUCGCAGGUCUACGUUGUAUCCCUGCUCCUCCUCAACAUCCUGGCCUUCUUCUGUGUUUGCGGCUGCUACCUGAGCAUCUACCUGACUUUCCGCAAGCCUUCGUCGGCACCAGCCCACGCCGACACCCGCGUGGCUCAACGCAUGGCCGUCCUCAUCUUCACCGACUUUAUCUGCAUGGCUCCCAUCUCCUUCUUCGCCGUCUCGGCGGCCCUCAAGCUCCCUCUCAUCACCGUCUCCGACUCCAAACUCCUUCUGGUCCUGUUCUACCCCAUCAACUCGUGCUCGAACCCCUUCCUGUACGCCUUCUUCACCCGCACCUUCAGACAGGACUUCUUCCUCCUCGCGGCUCGCUUCGGCUUGUUUAAGACUCGGGCACAGAUUUACCGGACGGAGAGUUCCUCCUGUCAGCAGCCAGCGUGGACCUCUCCAAAGAGCAGCCGGAUAAUGACGUGCUCCUUGGCCAACACACUGAGUCUAGAUGGGAAACAGGAGAGCUGACUGUCAUCCAAAUAUUCGCAGGUACAGAGUUUUUGCUGGAUUGUUAACAGGAGGUUCCUGCUUUUCCUCCCACAGAUGUCCUUCCCUCAGGCAACCAAAGUAAAAUUCUUCUUGGGGAUGAAGGACAUGCGGCGGUUUGUAAUACAUGAACACCUCAAGGUUAGAACAUGGUUUGAACAUUGUUUAAGAUGUGCAUUUGAUGUCACUGUUGCAUAUUUUAGUGGUGUACAGACAGGCUGUUAAAAGCAAAAUGAUGCCCCAAAUCAUCAUUCUCAUGAUUUAGAUGAUACUGCUGUUUUUUCUAGUAUGUUGGAGUCUCUGGCAAGUAUAAAGCAUUCAAUCCCUUUGGACGUUUUUUACCUAGAAUUGCUUUUUAACAUUGAAUCAGGACAAGAAUUUACAGGAAACAGGUUUCUACAAAUUAAUUUCAUUUCAUUCAUUCAUUCAAUUAAUUGAAAAUAUAAAAUGCAAAAUAAGGGACAGCACAAGUAACCACCCUUUUCAAGUCAGUAUUUAGCAGAUGCCCUUUUUGCCUCAAUUAAAGCAUUGAUCCUGUAUGAAUAGAUCUCAGUUAGCCUUGUACAUCUGGACACUGCAACUUUACCUCAUCCUUCUUUGCAAAGCUGCCAUGCAAUCAUGGGAGAAAAGCCCAUUUUCAAGCUCAGGCACAAAUUCUCAGUUUGAUUCAGUUCUGGGCUCCGACUCAGAAACUAAAGAACAUUCACCUUCUUUAAACCCUCGUGUCGUCCUGCGGGUCAAAUUGACCCGUUUUAAACUUUGAAAAUGUGGGAAAAAAUAGAUAUUUUCACAGUGAAACUUCUGAUGUCCACAUUUUCAACAUUUUUGGGAGAUUUUUGAGAAAUCUUUGGUGGAAAAAAAGAAAUGUUAAAAAAAUUAUUCUUAGGAACAUUUACAAAAAAAUCUACCAAAAUCCAGCAAAUUCCGCUGGAUUUUGGUUGAUUUUUUGUGAAUGUUCAUAAAGAAAAUAUUAGAAGUUUUACUGAUAUAUAUAUGUCAUCACUUUUGAUAUUUUUAGGAUUUUUUGGGAAGAUUUUAACAAAUUUUUGGAGAAUAUUUACAAGAAUUUCUUGCCAAAUUUGGGCGACUUUUUAAAAUAAGACUUUUAAGGGAAUCUUUUAAGGAUUUUUAAAAAUGUUCUUUCUGAAGGUUUUUAAAUUUCAAAAAAAAAAAGAGAGAAAUUGUUUUGCUGAAUUGUUGGACUUUUUUUCAGACAAGGCAGAAAUAUUUUUUUAGUGCCCGUAAAUGAAGACAACAGGAGGAUUAAACCAUUUCUGUGUAGCUCUGACUGUAUGCUUGAGGUCAUUGUCUUGUUGGAAAACAAAUCUUCUCCCAGUUCUCUUUCAGACUGCAUCAGGUUAUCCUCGCUAUACUUUUUUGCGUUUACUUUACCCCCUACCUUAACAAGCCCUCCCAGGCCUGCUGGUAAUCAAGGUUUAAUGAGCUUUUCUCAACAGUGUCUUUCUCUUUGCCACUCUCCCAUAAAGCUUUGACUGGUGAAGAACAGGCAGCAGUUAUAUGCUGGAGCUUGUAACUCCUUUGAGGAAAUCAUAGGUGUCUUGGUGGCCUCACUAGUCUGUUUCUGUCACUACGCAUGUGCUGUAUUCUUUCCAUUUCUUAAUAAUGGAUUUAACAGUACUUAAAGGGACAUUCAGUGUCAUCCAACCUCUGACUUAUGCUUUUCGAUAAUCUUUUCACCUGUUAAAUCCAGGAAUACGGACUCACCAGUGGCUGGACCUUCCAGAUAUAGGUGUCUUUAUAUUACAAUCAUUUGAGACAGAUUCACUGCACUGAGAUGAUCUUAAUUUCACUAACUGUGCGACUUCUCGCGCCUACUUGCUGCACGUGUUGAAUUAGGCGAGUCACUUUAACGUGGGUGAAUACUUAUGUAGACACGCAUUCUACAUUUUUAGAUAAUUAACAUUACUUUGUGGAAAUUGUGCCUUUGCUUUGACAAAAAAAAGAGUCUUUUCUGGUAAAUUCUUGUACAAAAAGCCAAAUUUAAUCAGUGUUGAAAAGGAAUAACAGGGAAAAACUUCCAAAAUGGCUGAAUAUUUUUCAUAGUCACCAUAUCAGCUUCUGACUUUUCAGGCCCAACAACAGACUCAAAUAGAAAAUAUCCCUACAGACUGCUAUCCUGGUCUCAGUUCCGCUUUAACUGUACAUGGACACGGCAACAAACGUGCAAAUAAUGCCUGUAACAUUGUGAAUAUUUGAGCUGUGACCAGCAGCAGACACAGUGUCCUUGUUAAACGUUGUGACCCAUGGGUAAACUCUGCUGUACGCACUGUGACAAUCCAAGAAAAGAUACACAACAACUGCAGACAGUUUAACCAAAUCUAGUUCAAAACGCAGCCCCAGAUACCCUCGUGUUUGUCUUAACUUGAUUGGAUUACCAGAUGGGUGAAGUUAACGGCGACAUCACAAUUUAGAAGUAAAAGCCGAGAGAGCAGAAGAAGCAGUUAACUGAUGACUUCAUCCGUCGCCUUAUGUAGCAAACACCAUCCAUCUGGUGUCCCAAGAUAAUGAAACGUACUUUGAAACGGUUUAACAAAGGUUUGACGCUUGGGAUAUCAGCAUAUGCACGUCACGAAAUCAACAUUCAACGUUAUGAUUGAAUGAUAUUCAUUAAGAAGAACACCGCAGGGACUGGCUGAUUAAUAAUCUCCUCGUACACUCAGUCUGCUGUAGCUUUCCAGACCUCCAGAUCCCCUCCAUCACUUCAGUGUGUCUAUAUUUUACAUGUAUAACCUGUAAUUAUCUCUGUGAAAUGUAAUUAUGUUUAUGUUUGCCAAUGAAAAUGCUAUUUAGAGGGACUUUUUGCAUCUGUUUUGUACCAAAUAUAUCUUUUACAUAUCGCUUUCUGAA